AGGUGUGUGUGUGUGUGUGUGUGUGUGUGUGUGACAUCAGGAUAAUCCGUGUAACCCUUUCGUGUCCGCGGAUCCUCCAGCUCCUCCGUCUGCGGCGCUGACUGGUUUAUUUCUUGCAUCUCUCUGAACAAGAUCGAGUCUCCUUUAAGUAUCGCCUGCUGUUCCUGCACUGGAGCCCGAAUGUGAGCGGAGGUGAUGUUUCCAGGCAGACGCCGAUAUCAGACGGAGAUCCGGCAUGGCAGCGGCCGGUGCUGAUGAGAGACGCCGCGGAUCCCUGCUCUUCAUCAGCAUCAGCAUCAGCAUCAGCAUCGCGACGCGACUCGCAUCCAUCAUGCUCGUUCUCCGUGUGUGAAUCGCAGUGCUUCUGGGCUGAGAUGGUUCGGGUCGUCAGUGUUCUGGGUCUGGUGAUGUUCAGCGUCGCUUUGCUCAUUUUGUCAUUGAUCAGUUACGUGUCCAUCAAGAAAGACUUCAUCUUCACCGCUCCGAAAUACGCCAACGCCGGCGGGCCGCGGAUGUACAUGUUCCACACGGGCUUUCGGUCCCAACUGGCCAUGAAGUUCCUGGAUCCUGCGUUCACAUCGCUGAAUAACGCGCUCAACGAGAACCUGCAGGAGUCCAGCAGCUGGAGGUUCAACAAAAGCGCUUAUUUACAGCAGAGUAAAGAGAUCGCGCAGUACAUCGACGUCCCGCACAACUUCACGCUGACCAAGAGCAGCGUCCGUGUGGGUCAGCUAAUGCACUACGACUACUCCAGUCACAAAUACGUCUUCUCCAUCGGCGAGAACCUCAGGUCUCUGCUCCCAGACUCAUCUCCCGUCCUUAACAAGCGCUUCAACACCUGCGCGGUGGUAGGAAACAGUGGCAUCCUCACCGGCAGCCGCUGCGGCGCGCAGAUCGACAGCUACGACUUCGUCUUCCGCUGCAACUUCGCUCCCACCGAAGUCUUCCAUCGCGACGUGGGCCGCCGGACCAACCUCACCACCUUCAACCCCAGCAUCCUGGAGAAAUACUACAACAACCUGCUGACCAUCCAGGACAGGAACAACUUCUACCUGAGCCUGAAGAAGCUGGAUGGUGCCAUCCUGUGGAUUCCCGCCUUUUUCUUCCACACGUCGGCCACCGUCACGCGCACACUCGUGGAUUUCUUCGUAGAGCACAAGGGCCAGCUGAAGGUGCAGUUAGCCUGGCCGGGAAACAUUAUGCAGUACGUCAACAGGUGA